AUGACUGACUACUGGGUCCAGCUCUUAACAGCAGAAGACGAGUGCAAAAAGAUUGUUGAGGAUGCAGAACGCGAAGGAAAAGAGAAAAGAGAACAAAAGUCUAAGGAAGCUACUAAAAAGGUCGAAGAAUUAAAACAAAAAUAUGCUCAGGAAGUCGAAUCAAAGAAGGCUCAAGCUGCAAAAGAAAUCGAAGAACUUAAGAAAUCUCUUGAGGAAGAACGUAAGAAACAAUCUAAGGAAGCUGCUGAUAAAAUCCGCAACCAUAAGCAACAAGUUGUAGACCUUUUAGUUAAGACUGUUUUAGAUGUUCGCAUUCAAUAA